ACGUAGGCAGUAGGUGUGAUAAGUACGAAAAUGCACAAAUUCGUCGAAUUAAUCGUAAACAGCGCUUUAUUAUGGAUAUUUAUGCAAACAAUACUAAGCAUAUUGGUCACGGUUCUCUAUGAGUUUUCCAUUCCCUGGAUCGUUUGGGGCUCCUUGAUUGUCAUGAUUGUGCUGAAAUUAGUCCGAGUUUCACCUCCACCCGUUGGCACUGUGCAGGAAGUGCUUGGUGUAAAUCCGCUCCUCCUGGUCAAAGAUAACUCUGUGUCUGAAAAUCAUGGUAACGGAGAGAAGUAUUGCAUGCGAGUGGUGGCUCAUCGUGGUGGAGGAUAUGACUAUCCUGAGAACAGUUUGUUGGCAUUCCGAAAUAGCAGGGGAAAGGGCUGCAGUGCUAUAGAACUUGACUUAAGACUUACAAAAGAUAACAUUCCGAUAAUAUUUCAUGACCCAACAAUUGAACGACUUACAGGCCAAACGGGAACAAUAAGCGAGAUGACGUGGGAGGAAUUACAGGAAUUUGAUAUAGCUUAUAAUCAUCCACUUAGGAAUAAAUUUGCCAAUGGCGAGAAAAUCGCGCUGUUAGAUGAUGCUUUACAAGAAUGUCUCAAGAGCGAGCAAAGAGUGAUUAUAGAUAUAAAAGAGACGAGGACGGAUGUGGUGCAAGUUAUCCUCGAUGCGUACGAGAAGUAUCCAAAAUUAUUUCAAAGAGGCGUCGUAUCAAGCUUCAAUCCAAUCAUAAUAUACAUGAUUAGAAAAAAAGAGCCACGGAUCGUCUCGAGUCUUGCAUGGAGGCCAUACUUUUUCUCGAGAGUGUCGUACGCCGGCUUGGAAGCGCCCGGCCCGGUACGCUUUCGCAAUCCGUUUAAGCAUCUGGCAGCUUGUGUCCUGGAAACGUUGUACGAGUGGCUGUUACCGCGCUUCGUUUAUUACGUCGUUGGCAUAUCCGCCGUGCUGUUGCACAAAGACAUAAUCAAUCCAUACAUAGUAGAACAAUGGUGCGAUCGCGGUAUCCGCGUGAUGGCGUGGACAGUGAACCGCCCGACGGAGAAAACGCAUUUUUCCAAGUUCCUUAAGAUUACUUAUCUAACUGAUACGCUGCAUUUGGAAAAAGACAUGUAGCAUCUCAACCUAUAGAUAUAUGUUCAGUAGUUUAAAAAAAUUAUAUCGUAUAUAUCGUGGCAUUAUACACGUACAAAUUUGUCUAUUCCUGAUUAUAAUAUAAAUUAUGUUGCAAUCAAUCAUCUAGUCUGAUCACAAAAUCAUCAUUUGUAUUAGUUUACGUGUAGAAUGUAAGGCACUUGUCAGGAACAAAAAAUGUACUAUCUACUAUUUACUAUCUCAAAUAUGUAUAUAUAUAUAUAUAUGUGUAUAAUUUUCAUUGACUUGAAAAUAAAUUUAUUAUACUUUGACAGGAAUAUAAUAAGCUUAUACAAACGUGGAUAUGUAUUCAUGAAUCAACGAGCAGAAAACAUUCGAUGCAUUUAAAAUGCUUAAAAGAAGCUUGUAUGUAGUGUAGUGUUCGAUCUAUUCGAUGUAUCUAUCUAUGUAAUCUAUGUAAUAGCGAUCAUCUGACGAUAAGAUCUCAGUCAUCGGUAGUCCGCUGAGCCGUACGGAAGUAUUAGAGUCAAUUGAUUGAAUCUGAAUUCCGAUACUAGUGUAAUAAGUCUAUACAGAGCAUUCCGACAUCUCAUUUCCAUUUUUAUAUCAACGAAUUAGUGGGACAGAAACCCCCACCUCAGUAGCUUUGCGUAUCAUAGUAUUGUAAUAUUUUAAGUGUAAUUUUAAGCAUAAUUCUUAAGAGUUUUUAGGUACAAUUGAAGUUUGGUAAUUAUAUAAAAUUUAUCAAUUUA